AGGCCCCCUGGGCGCCUAGCGAAAGCGCACAGUGCUGCGCGGGGGCCGGGGCCAGGACCGCGAUGGCAGCUCAGCGGCUGGGCAAGCGGGUGCUGAGCAAGCUGCAGUCUCCGUCGCGGGCCCGCGGGCCGGGGGGAAGCCCCGGGGGGCUGCAGAAACGUCACGCGCGUGUCACCGUCAAGUAUGACCGGCGGGAGCUGCAGCGGCGGCUGGACGUGGAGAAGUGGAUCGACGGGCGCUUGGAGGAGCUGUACCGCGGCAGGGAGGCAGACAUGCCUGAUGAGGUCAACAUUGAUGAAUUGUUGGAAUUAGAGAGUGAAGAGGAGAGAAGCCGGAAGAUCCAGGGACUCCUGAAGUCGUGCAAGAACCCCACAGAGGACUUCGUCCAGGAGCUGCUGGUGAAGCUUCGAGGCCUCCACAAGCAGCCAGGUCUCCGCCAGCCCAGCCCCUCCGGUGACAGCAGCCUGAGCCCCCUCCAGGACCCGGCCCGGACCGCGCCACCCUGACCUUCUCGCCUCUGCGGCCCCCUCCCUUCUCCCCUUCACUCCACACGGUCCUGGCUUGUUUAUAAGUUGUAUGUAAUGGUUCUAUAACAACAC